UAUAUCUGUAUUUUCCUCUAUUUCACAGUUCCAUGGGGAAAUAAAGGUACUAACACGAAUGAUGGUUGAUCCUAAUGCCAAAGUUCAAAAACCUGGACAUAAGGAUCUAACAUAUACAAGAGGAGAAAUAUUGGAUGUGAUUCAGCUUACCGAUGCUAAUAAAAUACUUUGCCGAAGCUGUGAAGGAAAAUUUGGAUACGUACCAAGAAAAGCUCUUCUAAAUUUAGAGAAAAAUCUCUACAGUAAUGUAAGCUUCGAUGAAGUUUAUGAUGAUACGGAGCUCAUAUCAAAUACAUUUCCUGCUAUGCCAGCCAAAGCAAAAUUUCAAAGUGGUUAUACUACAAGACUGUUUGAACGAAAGACCAGACAAAUAAGUAAACCUGAAGUACCAAAAAGAGAGAAUUUAAAAAUCACAAAUACUGAAGAUAGAGAGAUAAAGGAAAUGAGGAAGAAAUUUAAGUUUGAAGGCGAAAUAAGGGUUUUGACUCGUAUGAUGGUAGUCCCGAGUGCUGGAAACAAGAGAGGUGGAGGAAAAGAUCUACCAAUCAGUAAAGGAGAAAUCUUUGAAGUGAUUCAGUUCACCAAUCCAGAAAAAAUACUGUGCAGAAAUAGUAAAGGCAAAUAUGGCUAUGUAAAGAGAAGAUAUGUUUUACAACUUGAGAAAGAACUUCCAGAUGCUACCAGCACUUCAGGUUCUGGAAUUAUUCAGAAAACAAGAUGACAGAAGUACUGCUAAUCUGAACUAUUUAUUUUCUACUGUUACUCUCUGUGAUUGCACCAAUCUGCAAAGCUGUAGGUGCAAAUAUAUUCUUAAUUAUGCAGUUCUUCAUCAGUUCUAGUAUUCAAGAGUUUUACAUGAUGUAAUUUGAUUUUUGUUUUUCGUUUAUUAUUCAUGUAUAUCUGAGCUUUACACUUGUGUUGAAAAAAAUGUCUUUGAAGAUGAAUGAAUAAACGUAAUAUGUAUUGUUUUAUGCAUGCUACUGGACUGCAAAA